CCCGACCUUCAGUGCACGAUCAACAGGUAUUGCCUCGCUAACUCCGCGUUAACUUCCAGAGGAUAUUACAGUGCUGAUGAGUGUUUUGUUGAUUGCUGGUGAAUAUGUUGGAGGGACACUAGCUGGGGACAGUGACAGCAGUGUGUUCAUGACUUUCGGAGUUAUUGCCUACAUGCUGAAAUGCGUGGAUCGUCGUUGCUGAUCAUAUUGCUUUCUGCUGUACAGGGUGUCCUAGUGUGCGAGUGGGGCAAGUAUGGACACAACUGCGACCGACUAUGUUCAGAUCACUGUAGACUUCAUCCUGGCAGAAACCUUCGACACUGUCAGAAAGAUACUGGGAAGUGUUCAGAAGGGUGUGUUCGUGGUCGGCAUGGUGACCUCUGUGAUCAACUUUGUAGCCCGAACUGCAACAAGACCACGUGCAAUCAACCCAACGGGGGAUGUACCCUCGGGUGUAUAGAAGGAUACAGUGGAUACUUCUGUAACACAACAAUAGGUACACAGAUGCAAACAACAGUUUAUGCAGUACAUGGUGUCCCAGUGUGCGAGUGGGGCAAGUAUGGACACAACUGCGACCGAAUAUGUUCAGAUCACUGUAGACUUCAUCCUGGCAGAAACCUUCGACACUGUCAGAAAGAUACUGGGAAGUGUUCAGAAGGGUGUGUUCGUGGUCGACAUGGUGACCUCUGUGAUCAACUUUGUAGCCCGAACUGCAACAAGACCACGUGCAAUCAACCCAACGGGGGAUGUACCCUCGGGUGUAUAGAAGGAUACAGUGGAUACUUCUGUAACACAACAAUAGUUUCUGCAGUGGAGGAUGCCCCAGUGUGCGAGUGGGGCAAGUAUGGACACAACUGUGACCGACUAUGUUCAGAUCACUGUGGACUUCAUCAAGGGAGAAGCCUUCAACCCUGUCACAAAGAUACUGGGAAGUGUUCAGAAGGGUGUGUUCGCGGUCGGCAUGGUGACCACUGUGAUCAACUUUGUAGUCAGAACUGCAUCAGCACCACCUGCAACCAAGGCAACGGGGGAUGUACCAUCGGAUGUAUAGAUGGAUACAGUGGAUAUUUCUGUAACAUAACAACAGGAUCACAGAUACAGUCAACAGUUUCUGCAGUACAGGGUGUCCCGGUGUGCGAGUGGGGCAAGUAUGGACACAACUGUGACCGACUAUGUUCAGAUCAGUGUAGACUUCAUCGUGUCAGAAACCUUCGACACUGUCAAAAAGAUACUGGGAAGUGUUCAGAAGGGUGUGUUCGUGGUCGGCAUGGUGACCACUGUGAUCAACUUUGUAGCCCGAACUGUAUAAAAAACUCGUGCAUUCAACUCAACGGGGAAUGCACCAUCGGGUGUAUGGAAGGAUACAGUGGAUAUUUCUGUAACAUAUCAACAGUUCCUGCAGUACCUGAUGUCCCAGUGUGCGAGUGGGGCAAGUAUGGGCACAACUGCGACCAAGUAUGUUCAGAUCAGUGUAGACUUCAUCCUGGCAGAAACCUUCGACACUGUCAAAAAGAUACUGGGAAGUGUUCAGAAGGGUGUGUUCGCGGUCGACAUGGUGACCACUGUGAUAAACUUUGUAGCCCGAACUGCAUGAACAACUCGUGCAUUCAACUCAACGGGGGAUGUACCAUUGGAUGUAUAGAUGGAUACAGUGGAUAUUUCUGUAAAAUAUCAACAGGAUCACAGAUACAAACAACAGUUUCUGCAGUACAGGGUGUCACGGUGUGCGAGUGGGGCAAGUAUGGACACAACUGUGACCGACUAUGUUCAGUGCACUGUGGACUUCACCUAGGGAGAAACCUUCGACCCUGUCACAAAGACACUGGGAAGUGUUCAGAAGGUUGUGUUCGUGGUCGGCAUGGUGACCAGUGUGAUCAAAUUUGUAGCCUGAACUGCAUCAGCACCAAGCGCAACCAACCCAACGGGGGAUGUACCCUCGGGUGCAUACAUGGAUACAUUGGGCAAUUCUGUAACAGAACAACAGGAUCACAGAUACAGACAACAGGUGAAGGGCACAUUAACCCCAGUAUGCAGUUGAUGUGGAUUUUACUGGUAUUCUUUAUCUUUUCGACAAUUUGUUGCUGGAAGAGUGCUCGAUGUAGAAGAAGGUUUGACAAAUGGUUUACACGGCUUAUCAGAAGUGCUCGAUGUAUACGAACGCUUGUCGAAUGGUUUACACAGCUUAUCAGAAGGAAUCCAAGGCCUUCUUCGAGUGAUCCGAGUCAGGUGCCACCGGUGACGACACAAGAUUCUGAUCGACGAGCCUCGAGUGACCUGAGCCAGGAUGACAGUCAGAGCGAGGAGGAUCCAUUGCUCUCCACUGCUUCACACGUGACUCCAUCACAAGCAGACCGCGACCUCUACUACGCCAGCAAGGCCGGGGACCUGGAGGAGGUGAAGCGGCUCCUGUCUACACCGGGAGUCGACGUCAAAAGUAGAGGAAGGUGGAGCAGGACACUGGUGAUGGAGGCAGCAUGGAGGGGACACAGAGACGUGGUGGAGCUCCUGGUGAGUGAAGGGGCUGAUGUGUCACUGGUGGGCGAGUACGGUAACAACACCCUUCACUGGGCCUGUAUGGGAGGAGAUGUGGAGACGGUGAAGUACGUGCUGUCUCUGAACGUGGUGGACAUCGACGCCAGGAACAACUCGGGGCGGACAGCGGCAGACGUGGCGAGACGAGGGGAACGUCAGCCAUUGGUGGAACUGCUCGUGUCCCGCGGCGCUCAGUGACGUCAGUGUCGUGUUUGUGUAGACGGUGGAGGGGGACAUGUUGUUACAGACAGCAACGUGGUGUGCCGUUCACGUCGUCGUGUUAUAUAUUCCCAGAUUAGGUGAGAAUGUUUCUUGUGUUUGAGGAGAAAUAAAACUUGAUAAAAAUAG